AUGGCGCCAACAGCUCAUUUAACAUCCGGUGGGCGUACCACGAAGGGGUCCGCACACGAGCUUGACAACGGGACGAUCGUCAAGUUGCAAAAUGAAGUGCAUGGACUGGACUGGACGAUGGCGGCGACUCUUGGGCUGCCAGCUGAUGGUUAUCUCGUAACGACAAUGAUCGGGUUGUUCCUUGACGGCAAGAUGCAGGUGAACUUCAUGACACGAGAGCUGAAAGCUUUCUUCAUUAAAUAA